AUGGCUAUUUCUUUCAAAUGGCCCUGGAUUGGUGUUGCAAUUCCAGUAUGCAUUAUAGCUGGAGAGCAUAUAUUAACAACGUUUUUGAUGAUCAAGGACGGCAAGCAAGGGGAUAGAAUAUUUACGAUCUUCCAAGGCUGCUUGUUUAUGGUGUGGUUAUCAUAUUAUUUGGCAAUCAAGACUUCACCGGGAAAUCCACCGGUCAACUAUAAAGUGAAAAGUUUAGGUGAUCCGCAAGGGUUCUGGUACAAAUAUUGCCCGAAAUGCAGAGCAGAUAAGCCAGAGAGAACUCAUCACUGUAAAACGUGCGGUAGGUGCAUUUUAAAGAUGGACCAUCACUGCCCAUGGACGAUGAACUGCAUUGGAUACAGAAAUAUGCCACAUUUCGUGCGAUUUCUGUUUUGGGUUCUAAUAUCAGGCGCUACCGGGCUUUGGUAUCAUUGGGGAAGAUUACAUCAUUAUUGGAAGAUAAGAAACCUUCCGUCUUACCUUAUCAGUCGAACAGAUUUAGUAUUGACAAUAGUGUGUACUCUUUUGUUGCUAUUUAUUGAAUUCACGCUUCUGCUGCUAUUUAUGCGCACAAUCGACGGAUUAUCAAAAAACGUGUCGACAAUUGAGGAUUGGGAGCAGGACAGAAUGCACCACGUGUUUUACAGAGAAGCUUUCUGGCUUAAGGUGCGCGCCAACUUUGCCAAAUUGCAUCAUGGUGAAUCAUUUCCUGAACUUACCUCAUGGAAAAUUAACUACAGGGAACUUCCUAAGAAAUCGUCUGUUCCUCUAAACUUCACGUUUGAGGACCUUGUUUUUCCGUAUGAUCUUGGAUCCAGCUACGAGAACAUGAAGCAAUCACUGGGACCUUUUUAUCAAUGGCUAUGGCCAUGGGGAGGACCAGAUAGUGAUGGUCUCUCGUUUCCAAAAACUUGGUGGAAGGAGGAAGAUCAGUUAAAGCUUCCAUUCCCUAUCGAUGGUGGUGAUUAUCAGCCAUUAGAGGGUAAAGAAACACUAGUUUCUAUCGAGGACGAGCCUGAUACAACAUUGGGUAACUUCCCUAACGAGCUAGGAGAGACUUUGGAUAACUUUGGAGUCGAUAUGGGCACGGAAAAUUACAUAACAAGGAAGAACAAAUAG